CGAGUUUACCCUGCCCUACCUGCGGGGCUGCCCAGGGUACCAUUGUCCUGCUCGCGGUCUCGCUCCACGUACCCCCGACCUGCUCGCGGGGUCGCCCCAGCAACAAAAUGGUUCAGCAAGUUCCAGAAAACAUCAAUUUUCCUGCUGAAGAAGAAAAAAUCUUGCAGUUCUGGUCUGAAUUUAAUUGUUUUCAGGAAUGUUUAAAGCAAUCAAAACAUAAGCCAAAAUUUACAUUCUACGAUGGACCUCCUUUUGCAACUGGACUGCCUCACUAUGGACAUAUACUUGCAGGGACAAUUAAAGAUAUAGUUACCAGAUAUGCUCACCAGAGUGGGUUUCACGUUGACAGAAGGUUUGGAUGGGAUUGUCAUGGCUUACCUGUGGAAUAUGAAAUUGAUAAGACACUGGGGAUCAGAGGACCGGAGGAUGUAGCCAAAAUGGGGAUCGUAGAGUAUAACAAUCAGUGCCGAGCAAUUGUGAUGAGAUAUUCCACUGAGUGGAAGUCUACUGUUACCAGACUUGGCCGAUGGAUUGACUUUGACAAUGACUACAAAACUCUCUAUCCACAGUUCAUGGAAUCUGUCUGGUGGGUCUUCAAACAGCUCUAUGAUAAGGGCCUUGUGUACAGAGGUGUGAAAGUUAUGCCUUUCUCCACCGCGUGCAACACUCCACUCUCCAACUUCGAGUCUCACCAGAACUACAAGGAUGUACAAGACCCUUCAGUGUUUGUAACUUUCCCUUUGGAGGAAGAUGAAAAUGUGUCUUUGGUGGCUUGGACAACCACUCCCUGGACUCUCCCCAGUAACCUUGCCCUGUGUGUUAAUCCAGAUAUGCAGUACGUGAAGAUUAAAGAUGUCAUUAGAGGAAAAUUGCUCAUUUUAAUGGAAGCCAGAUUACCAGCCCUCUAUAAGCUGGAGACGGACUAUGAGGUCCUUGAAAGGUUUCCUGGUGUGUAUCUCAAAGGCAAGAAGUACAGGCCCCUGUUUGACUAUUUUGUGCAGUGCAAGGAGAACGGUGCUUUCACGGUGCUCACCGACAGCUACGUGCGGGAGGAGGAGGGAACUGGAGUGGUGCACCAGGCUCCAUACUUCGGUGCUGAUGACUAUCGGGUCUGUAUGGACUUUAACAUUAUUCAGAAAGACUCUCCUCCUGUUUGCCCUGUGGAUGCUUCAGGCUGUUUCACAGCAGAAGUGACAGAUUUCGCAGGACAGUAUGUGAAGGAUGCUGACAAAAACAUCAUAAGGACCCUGAAGGAAGAAGGCCGACUUCUUGUUGCCAGCACCUUCACUCACAGCUACCCUUUCUGCUGGAGGUCAGACACUCCCCUCAUUUACAAAGCAGUGCCUAGCUGGUUCGUGCGGGUGGAGCACAUGGUGGACCAGCUGCUGAAGAACAAUGACCUGUGUUACUGGGUCCCAGAGUUUGUGCGAGAAAAGCGAUUUGGAAAUUGGCUGAAAGAUGCACGUGACUGGGCAAUUUCCAGAAACAGAUAUUGGGGCACCCCCAUCCCCCUGUGGGUCAGUGAUGACUUCGAAGAGGUAGUAUGCAUUGGAUCAAUGGCAGAACUUGAAGAACUGUCGGGAGCGAAGGUCUCUGAUCUCCACAGAGAGAGCAUUGACCAUCUGACCAUCCCUUCCCGUUGUGGGAAGGGGGUGUUACAUCGCAUCUCUGAGGUGUUUGACUGUUGGUUUGAGAGCGGCAGCAUGCCCUAUGCUCAAGUUCAUUAUCCAUUUGAAAACAAGAGGGAGUUUGAUGAUGCAUUUCCUGCAGACUUCAUUGCCGAAGGCAUUGACCAAACCAGAGGAUGGUUUUACACCCUGCUGGUGCUGGCCACCGCUCUCUUCGGACAGCCACCUUUCAGGAACGUGAUUGUGAACGGGCUCGUCUUGGCCAGUGAUGGCCAAAAAAUGAGCAAACGAAAAAAGAAUUAUCCGGAUCCACUUUCGAUCAUCCAUAAAUAUGGUGCCGAUGCCCUCAGAUUGUAUCUGAUCAACUCCCCUGUGGUGAGAGCAGAAAACCUACGCUUUAAGGAGGAGGGUGUGCGUGAUGUUUUGAAGGACGUGCUGCUCCCGUGGUACAACGCCUAUCGCUUCUUUAUCCAGAAUGUGCUGAGGCUGCAGAAGGAGGAAGAAAUGGAAUUCCUAUACAAUGAGAACACAGUUAAAGAAAGCGCCAACGUCACAGACCGCUGGGUCCUGUCCUGCAUGCAGUCACUGGUUGGCUUCUUUGAGACCGAAAUGAAAGCUUACAGGCUCUAUACUGUGGUGCCUCGCCUGGUCAAGUUUGUAGAUGUCCUAACCAACUGGUACGUCCGGAUGAACCGCAGAAGGUUGAAGGGUGAAAAUGGGGUGGAGGACUGUGUCAUGGCCCUGGAGACCUUGUUCAGUGUCCUGCUGUCUCUGUGCAGACUUAUGGCCCCCUAUACACCUUUUCUUACCGAAUUGAUGUACCAGAAUCUAAAGCUGCUGAUUGACCCUGUUUCUGUCCAGGACAAGGACACACUUAGCAUCCACUACCUCAUGCUGCCCCAUGUUCGGGAGGAGCUGAUAGACAAGAACACGGAGAGCGCCGUCUCUCGGAUGCAGUCUGUGAUCGAGCUCGGUCGAGUGAUUCGAGACCGCAAAACCAUUCCGAUAAAGUAUCCUUUGAAAGAAAUUGUGGUUAUUCACCAGGAUCCAGAAGCUCUUAAUGAGAUCAGAUCUCUGGAGAAGUAUAUCAUUGAGGAGUUGAAUGUUCGCAAAGUUACACUGUCUACAGAUAAAAACAAGUAUGGCAUUCGCCUAAAGGCAGAACCUGACCACAUGGUCCUGGGGAAGCGGCUGAAGGGAGCCUUCAGGCCGGUGAUGAUGGCCAUCAAGCAGCUGAGCAGCGAGGAGCUAGAGCGCUUCCAGGAGACCGGGACCAUUGUUGUCGAAGGUCAUGAGCUGCAUGAAGAAGACAUCCGCCUCAUGUAUACCUUUGACCAGACAGCAGGAGGGACGACGCAGUACGAAGCACACUCGGAUGCCCAGGCUUUGGUUCUCUUAGACGUCACCCCCGACCAAUCCAUGGUGGAUGAAGGAGUGGCUCGGGAGGUCAUCAAUCGCAUCCAGAAACUUCGCAAAAAGUGCAAUCUGGUUCCAACUGAUGAAAUAACUGUUUACUAUAAAGCUAAGUCUGAAGGGAAGUAUCUGAAUAAUGUUAUCGAAAGCCACACGGAGUUCAUAUUUGCCACCAUAAAGGCUCCCUUGAAACCAUACCCAGUUCCAACUUCAGAUAACGUCCUUAUUCAAGAAAAAACACAGUUAAAGGGAUCUGACCUGGAAAUCACACUUACCAGAGGAUCAUCCCCGCCUGGGCCUGCUUGUGCCUAUGUCAAUCUUAACAUUUGUACAAAUGGCAGCGAGCAAGGUGGAGUAUUGCUUCUGGAAAAUCCAAAAGGCGACAACAGACUGGACCUUUUAAAGCUGAAGAGUGUCCUUACUAGCAUUUUUGGUAUUAAAAAUGCAGAGUUGGCUGUCCUCCAUGAGGAGACAGAAAUGCGAAACCAAACUGACUUACUGAGUCUUAGUGGAAAAACACUCCGUGUGGCAGCAGGCUCUGCCCCUGCCGUGGUAGACGGCCCCGGCUCCGCGCUCUGCCGCUACAUCAACCUGCAGCUCCUGAAUGCGGGCCCGCAAGAGUGUGUGAAGGGAACGGUGGGCACGCUCCUGCUGGAAAACCCCCCUGGACAGAACGGACUCACCCACCAGGGCCUCCUGUAUGAAGCAGCCAAGGUGUUUGGCCUUCGUAGCAGGAAGCUCAAACUGUUUCUGAAUGAGACUCAAACAGAUGAAAUUACAGAAAAAAUCCCCAUGAAGACUUUGAAUAUGAAGACUGUGUACGUUUGUGUAUUACCGACAACAGCAGACGUCUGACCUUCGUUAUCUAUGUGGCUGAGUCAACCUCCCCCUGCCACGUGGCUGUUCCCUGCACACACACUGAACAUAUCCCUGCAGGUGCACGCAUCGUGUGCUGUAUCUGGUCUGAAAAUGAACUGGGAUCGAUCCAUCAGGUGACUUGGAACCUCCAGUGAUGCUCACACUUAGCCCUGGGCACCUUCGCAUUCGUGCUGGGGGAAGGGUCACUUCCGCACCACAGAGCUCCCUUCUGCACUUGCAGAAGGGGUUUAAUGGUGUGGUCUGUGUGUAUCAUUCUGUGGCCUUUCAAAACUUGAGACCUCUGGAAGGAAUGGGUUAAGUAUUUCUGCUACCUGGAUUUUCCUGGGUAAUUUGAUGGAGUGAUUUAAGUUUCAGUAAAUCAGAACAAUGAACAAAUUUUCUCUCAGAUAAUAAAUGUUUUAGAAGUAAUUCA